UCGGUGAGUUCGGUCGUGUCUCACGUCGCUCAAACAUCGCGCGAACGUACGCAAUGUGUGACAAUAAGUGUUGCUUCCUCUAUUAUGUCUAGAUUUUGAUUACUUUAUUAAACUACAGCAUUUCAUACUACUGUUGUAUAUUAAACUUUUUAUUAUUCAUUGUGAAUAUUAUACAGAACUGCUACGUAAAUAUUGUCUACGAAUUUAAACGCUACAUCGCUUCUAAUCUGGGUAGUACCGAUGGUCGCAUCGCCCGGUCGUGCUGAGCCGCGCCGCGCUCGGUCCCGAGCUCUCCGGCCGUGAGGUGUGAGGCCCCGCGAGUGCAGCAGCCGCCGUGAUGAGCACAACCCGCCACCAUGCGUCGGCGGCCAUUCUGAACCGGGAACGGACGCGUCGGUCGCGAAAUGGCCCUCAGCGGCGACGCGCCCAGCCCGCCGGCGCACGCGCGCCCGCCCUCGCCCACUCACUAUGAGAUGUGGAAGCACGGCAAGUGGCGACAGAAAGCACCGCCGCCCAGGACCGACCCCGCAAUCCGAGUACCCAGAUAGAGACUGCAGUGUUAUACAGGCCUAAGUGUGUCCGUGUAGUGUAAAUAUAGUGUGUUCGUUAAGCAUGUCGGGCGAAGGGCGCGGCGCGCGCACCCCGCUGCUGGAGUGCGGCUAUGCGCCGGUGCAGGCGCACGCGCACAAGGCGCCGGCGCCGCGCUGCUGCUUCUGGCUGGCGAGUCACGUCAACGUCAGGAAAUGUGUCGCUGGCGUCAUGCUGCUCUCCGUCCUCACCAUAUUCUUCUAUACUUAUUACGUCACCGUGCCGCUAACGAGCUUGGUGUGGCGCGACCGCGUCCCGCGGCCGUUGUCGCAGUGCUCGUUGCUGGCGUCGCAGCAACGCGCACGCGACCACAGCUCUGACGCGCGUCUGCGCAGCGACGCCAAGGUGCUAGUCAUCGUCGAGUCGGCCUACUCCCGUCUCGGUAGAGACAUCGCAGAAUUACUCGUCGCCAAUAGGAUUCGGUACAAGGUGGAGGUGGCAGGCAAGAGUCUGCCAGUCCUCACCACGUUGGACAAGGGACGGUACGGAGUGAUCAUCUUUGAAUCUCUUAAUAAAUACGCGAACAUGGACAAAUGGAAUCGGGAACUUCUGGACAAGUACUGCCGGGAGUAUGCCGUCGGCGUCGUCGGGUUUGCGACGCCAGGGGAGGAGACCCUAGUUGGAGCUCAGCUGAAGGGUUUCCCACUCUUCAUGCACACCAAUCUAAGACUUAAGGACGCAACCCUCAACCCCGCGUCACCAGUGUUGCGACUGUCUCGAGCGGGGGAGACGGCGUGGGGUGCACUGCCUGGCGACCACUGGACAGUCUUCCGCGCCAACAGCACCACGUACGAGCCCGUUGCUUGGGCAGUGCGACAGAACGAAUACGGCUCCAGCGAAGAGCGCGUUCCUCUGGCGACGGUGAUACAAGACCACGGGCGCGUGGACGGAGUGCAGCGCGUACUGUUCGGCGCCGGUCUGCAGUUCUGGUUGCACCGACUGCUUCUUCUUGACGCACUCAGCUAUCUCAGCCAUGGACAGCUGAGUCUAAGUCUCGAUAGAUGGAUACUUGUUGAUAUUGAUGAUAUAUUCGUUGGAGAGCGAGGUACUCGACUCCACGAAGAAGACGUGUCAGCGCUCCUAGCAUCGCAAGCUGCGUUACAAAGGCUUGUAGCUGGCUUUAGAUUCAACCUGGGCUUCAGUGCCAAGUACUACCACCACGGUACACCACUGGAGAAUCGAGGAGAUGAUGCUUUACUUCGAAAUCGAGAACAUUUCACAUGGUUUUGUCACAUGUGGAACCAUCAACAGCCGCAUUUGUACAACAACGUAUCUCAGUUAGAAGCCGAGAUGAUGUUGAACAAACAAUUUGCUCUAGAGCACGGUAUCCCCACCAACUCGUGCUACUCUGUGUCACCGCACCACUCUGGCGUGUAUCCCGUGCACGAACCUCUGUACGAAGCCUGGCGUAAAGUCUGGGACGUCCAGGUCACCAGUACUGAAGAGUACCCACAUUUGAGACCUGCCAGAUUACGUCGCGGCUUCCGUCACCGCGGCGUGAUGGUGUUGCCGCGGCAGACUUGCGGCCUGUUCACACACACGCUGCUGCUGGAGCGGUACCCCGGCGGCAGAGAGCGCCUCGACCGCUCCAUACAAGGCGGGGAACUAUUCCAGACAGUCAUCAACAACCCUAUCAACAUCUUCAUGACGCAUAUGUCAAACUACGGAAACGAUCGACUUGCGCUAUACACUUUUGAGUCCGUGGUGAAGUUCCUGCGCUGCUGGACCAACGUACGCCUCGCCUCUGCGCCGCCGCUCGCUCUUGCGCACAAGUACUUCCAGCUGCGACCCGAUGAACUGAACCCGCUCUGGGGGAAUCCAUGCGAUGAUAUCCGUCACCGUCGUAUCUGGUCGAAGAGCAAGUGGUGCGGCAGCCUGCCUCGUGUGCUGGUCAUCGGGCCGCAGAAGACCGGCAGCACAGCACUGUACAGCUUCCUCGCCAUGCACCCCGCGCUCGUCCCCAACCUGCCUAGUCCCACCACCUAUGAAGAGCUGCAAUUCUUCAACAAUAAUAACUACCUUAAAGGAUUGGAUUGGUAUUUGAACUUCUUCCCGGCAAAUCUGAGCAACUCGAGCCAGAUGGCGUUCGAGAAGUCUGCGACGUACUUUGACGCGGAACUAGCGCCGCGACGUGCGCACGCGCUGCUGCCUACCGCCAAGAUAAUAGCUAUAUUGAUAUCGCCUUCCAAGAGGGCGUACUCGUGGUACCAACACAUCAGAUCGCAUGGCGACCCCGUGGCCAGGAACUAUAGCUUCCACACUAUCAUUACAGCUAACGAUUCCGCGCCCAAGCCGCUUAAGGACUUAAGGAACCGUUGCCUAAACCCAGGUAAGUACAGCCACCACUUGGAGCGCUGGGUGUCAGAGUUCGGCGCGCACCAGCUGCACGUGGUGGACGGCGCGGCGUUGCGCGCUCAGCCCGCCGCAGCUCUGCACGCGCUGCAGAAGUUCCUCAAACUCAGUCCGCACAUCGACUACAACAACCUGCUCAAAUACGACGCAAAGAAAGGUUUCUUCUGCCAAGUGACGAGCGGCGAGAAGACGAAGUGCCUCGGCAAGUCGAAAGGGCGCAUCUAUCCGCCCAUGGAGGAGCGCUCCGCCAAGUUCCUCAAGCGGUACUACACGCCGCACAACGCCGCGCUCUCCAAACUGCUGGUGCGUCUGGGCCGGCCCGUGCCCGUCUGGCUCAAGGACGAACUCUCCAAUGGAUAGCAGGCGCUGCCUCCGCUCAAACUCACGAACAGGCUCAUCAAAGUUUGUCUCGUGGCGGUGUGAACAAGAGCGCAACAUGUUUCUGCGAAUGUUGUGAGUCAACAAUGAUUAUUUGUUUCUGUUUUACUCUCCACCUGAUAUGUAACUACCUCGAUUGAAUCAAUAUCAGAUUUAAAUGUGAACGCGUGAAUAGUGACUGUCAAACUCUGUGGUGCAAUAUGUUUCUGCGAGUGUUUUGACGAUCAAUUCUAUUGUCGAAUAUGUUAUUAUAAUGUCGUAAAUGUUUUAAAUUUACAAUGAACUUAAUUCGUGUUGCGAUUUUAAAAAGAUUUAAAACCGGCAGUGUUUUUGUCUGCUUUUUUAUUGCAUAUUUGUGCGACUGGUCUUUAUUGUAUAGCUUUACUCGUUUUUUUUUUAAUAGUCCAAUUUUUUUUUAAACUUAUUAAUUAGAUUUAAGGUAACAUUUGUCCCGUAAAGUCGUCGUUUUGUUUAGUUUAUAAAAAAACGCGAGAGACUGCUAAAGUGGGUUCCCACGGCCGAAGGAUACAUACAAAAUCAUAUUGUAAACAAUUUUUUUUUUUUUUUUAAGAAAUGAAGUAGUGGAAAUCCACGAUAAUAUUCGUUAGAUGUUUUUUUUACAUAAAGUAUUUCUUGCUUAUGAACUAUUAAUGUAGCUUUUUUUAAUAUUGACCUGGAAUUGAGCGAUAAUUCUUUACGAGUUAUUUUACUUGCCCAUAUUUACUUAGCCAUUUGGUAUAGGCAGGUAACGCACGAACAAUGCUGCAUGAGUACUAGAUUUAUUUUAGUAAAUUAUUGUUUAUUUUUUUAAUAGUUUUCUUAACAAGCAAAUAAUCGAGCUUUGAUUGUUCAUAUAGUCAAUGUAAGAUUUAUAAAAUAGUUAAUAUGGAAUUUAUUUCUUAUUCGCCAUUCGUUGUUUG